CCGUGUCCGUCGGUCGGGCCGCGCGGCCGGCUCCGCGCGUGGCCCGGCGCUCGCGAGCUCGCCCCCUCGCAGCGGGCCCGGCCCGCCCGCUGCCGCCGCCUCCUCCCCCGGGGCGGCGCGGCGCCGGCGGGCGGCGGCGCGGAGGCCGGACCGGGCGGCGGCCCAGGCGGCGCGGGGGGCGCGGCAGGCAAGGCGGGCGGCGCGGGCGACAUGACGGACAACAUCCCGCUGCAGCCGGUGCGCCAGAAGAAGCGGAUGGACAGCAGGCCCCGCACCGGGUGCUGUGAGUGGCUGAGAUGCUGCGGUGGGGGAGAGCCCAGGCCCCGCACGGUCUGGCUGGGGCACCCCGAGAAGAGGGAUCAGAGGUACCCCCGAAAUGUCAUCAACAACCAGAAGUACAACUUCUUCACCUUUCUUCCUGGGGUGCUGUUCAACCAGUUCAAGUACUUUUUCAACCUCUAUUUCUUACUCCUCGCCUGCUCGCAGUUUGUACCUGAAAUGAGACUCGGUGCGCUCUACACCUACUGGGUCCCCCUGGGCUUCGUGCUGGCCGUCACCGUCAUCCGAGAGGCGGUGGAGGAAAUCCGAUGCUACCUGCGGGACAAGGAAGUCAACUCCCAGGUCUACAGCCGGCUCACAGUGAGAGGGACCGUGAAGGUGAAGAGUGCCAACAUCCAAGUGGGAGACCUGAUCAUCGUCGAAAAGAACCAGCGGGUGCCUGCUGACAUGAUCUUCCUGAGGACAUCAGAAAAGAACGGGUCUUGCUUCCUGCGGACGGAUCAGCUGGACGGGGAGACGGACUGGAAGCUGCGGCUCCCGGUGGCCUGCACGCAGAGGCUCCCCACGGCCGCCGAUCUUCUUCAGAUCCGGUCGUACAUCUACGCGGAAGAGCCGAGCAUCGACAUCCACAAUUUUGUGGGAACAUUUACCAGGGAGGACAGCGACCCUUCGAUCAGCGAGAGCCUGAGCAUCGAGAACGCGCUCUGGGCGGGCACCGUCAUCGCCUCAGGAACUGUUGUGGGUGUUGUUCUUUACACGGGCAGAGAACUCCGGAGUGUCAUGAAUACCUCAAAUCCUCGAAGUAAGAUUGGCCUGUUUGACCUGGAAGUGAACUGUCUCACGAAGAUCCUCUUUGGUGCUCUGGUGGUGGUGUCACUGGUCAUGGUGGCCCUUCAGCACUUCGCUGGACGCUGGUACCUGCAGAUCAUCCGCUUCCUCCUCCUGUUUUCCAACAUCAUUCCCAUCAGUUUGCGUGUGAACCUGGACAUGGGCAAGAUCGUGUACAGCUGGGUGAUUCGAAGGGAUUCGAAAAUCCCGGGCACAGUGGUUCGCUCCAGCACGAUCCCCGAGCAGCUGGGGAGGAUCUCUUACCUGCUCACGGACAAGACAGGAACUCUUACCCAGAAUGAGAUGGUUUUCAAGCGGCUCCAUCUGGGCACAGUGGCCUACGGCCUCGACUCCAUGGACGAAGUGCAGAGCCACAUCUUCAGCAUCUACACCCAGCAAUCCCAGGACCCGCCUGCUCAGAAGGGCCCCACCAUCACCACCAAAGUCCGGCGGACCAUGAGCAGCCGCGUGCACGAGGCCGUGAAGGCCAUCGCGCUCUGCCACAACGUGACCCCCGUGUACGAGUCCAACGGCGUGACCGACCAGGCCGAGGCCGAGAAGCAGUAUGAAGACUCGUGCCGUGUGUACCAGGCGUCCAGCCCGGACGAGGUGGCCCUGGUACAGUGGACCGAAAGUGUGGGCUUAACCCUGGUGGGCCGAGACCAGUCUUCCAUGCAGCUGAGGACCCCUGGCGACCAGAUCCUGAACUUCACCAUCUUGCAGAUCUUCCCUUUCACCUACGAGAGCAAGCGCAUGGGCAUCAUCGUGAGGGAUGAAUCAACGGGGGAAAUUACCUUCUACAUCAAGGGAGCCGACGUCGUCAUGGCUGGCAUCGUGCAGUACAACGACUGGCUGGAGGAAGAGUGCGGGAACAUGGCCCGAGAGGGCCUGCGGGUGCUCGUGGUGGCGAAGAAGUCUCUGGCCGAGGAGCAGUAUCAGGACUUCGAGGCUCGCUACGUGCAGGCCAAGCUGAGCGUGCACGACCGCUCCCUCAAAGUGGCCACGGUGAUCGAGAGCCUGGAGAUGGAGAUGGAGCUGCUGUGCCUGACGGGGGUGGAGGACCAGCUGCAGGCGGACGUGAGGCCCACGCUGGAGACGCUGCGGAACGCCGGCAUCAAGGUUUGGAUGCUGACGGGGGACAAGCUGGAGACGGCCACGUGCACAGCGAAGAACGCGCAUCUGGUGACCAGAAACCAAGACAUCCACGUGUUUCGGCUGGUGACCAACCGCGGCGAGGCCCACCUCGAGCUGAACGCCUUCCGCAGGAAACACGACUGUGCCCUGGUCAUCUCUGGAGACUCCCUGGAGAUCUGCCUCAAGUACUACGAGUAUGAGUUCAUGGAGCUGGCCUGCCAGUGUCCGGCCGUGGUCUGCUGUCGCUGCGCCCCCACACAGAAGGCCCAGAUCGUGCGUCUGCUGCAGGAGCGCACUGGGAAGCUCACCUGUGCAGUAGGUGACGGCGGCAAUGACGUCAGCAUGAUUCAGGAGUCUGACUGCGGCGUGGGCGUCGAGGGGAAGGAAGGAAAACAGGCCUCGCUGGCUGCAGACUUCUCCAUCACCCAGUUCAAGCACCUUGGCCGCUUGCUCAUGGUGCACGGCCGGAACAGCUACAAGCGCUCGGCCGCCCUCAGCCAGUUCGUGAUCCACAGGAGCCUGUGCAUCAGCACCAUGCAGGCUGUCUUCUCCUCUGUGUUUUACUUUGCCUCCGUUCCUCUGUACCAAGGAUUCCUCAUCAUUGGGUACUCCACCAUCUACACCAUGUUCCCGGUGUUUUCUCUGGUCCUGGACAAAGACGUCAAGUCAGAAGUUGCCAUGCUGUAUCCUGAGCUCUACAAGGAUCUCCUCAAGGGACGGCCGUUGUCCUACAAGACAUUCUUGAUAUGGGUUUUGAUUAGCAUCUACCAAGGCAGCACCAUCAUGUACGGGGCGCUGCUGCUCUUCGAGUCGGAGUUCGUGCACAUUGUGGCGAUCUCCUUCACGGCGCUGAUCCUCACGGAGCUGCUGAUGGUGGCCCUGACCAUCCAGACCUGGCACUGGCUCAUGACGGUGGCCGAGCUGCUCAGCCUGGCCUGCUACAUCGCCUCCCUGGUGUUCCUACACGAAUUCAUCGAUGUGUACUUCAUCGCCACUCUGUCCUUCCUGUGGAAAGUCUCUGUUAUCACCCUGGUCAGCUGCCUGCCCCUCUACAUCCUCAAGUACCUGCGCAGACGGUUCUCCCCGCCCAGCUACUCCAAGCUCACCUCGUAGGCUGUGUGCGCAGCGGCGGGAGUCUGGUCCCUGCUCUCCUGCCGGACAGAGUUCAGUCCCGUUCAUCCUGACCGCCCGAGGGCUCUGCAGGAGGGGCCGCACGUGUGGUGUGGACGAGAAGAGGCUCUGCCUGGAGUCCUGCCCGAAUACACGGGAGGGAGCCCCAAGGAGCCCGCGCGGCCGUGUGAACCCCGUGGUUCUGCCUGGAGUGAAUGUGAAUGUGUCCCCGUGGGUGGCUCAGCCAAGAGAUUUAUACGCGGUCGCUGUGCAAGCUUCCUUAUGACUUGAAUUUCGUUGUCACGUGAUAAAGUUUCUGUCUAGUUGGAGAUUGUAGAGGACUUUUGGUUGGUUGGUUUUUUCAUCAGUCCUGACGUGUGUGCACUCUUUAUGUCUUUUCUGCUCCUAAAGACCGGUUUUAGAGAAACGUAAAGCUCUUGGUGGAGGUUUGGGGGGAAAGACGGUGCAUUUGGUUAAAAGUUAUCCGGACACUAAUCUCAAUUCGGAAACGCCAGGUGUCCCCUCUAAGGCCGCUCCGCUACUGAAGCCGGGCUUCCUGGGAUCACAGGAAGGCAAACGAGAGGCGAGGGAGAAUGAGCUGCAAAUCCAGGUUUCCCAGGCAUCUCACUCAGCACCCACACUGGAGUCACGUCCCCGCCACCUCGUAAAGGAGUGUCAGAGGUGCCACUCUGCUUUGUCCGGACCUGGGAACGAUCAUGAAGCCCGCGGCCAUCUAGGACACCCUCUGGGAGUUGUUUUCGCAGGAAAUGUGCCACCCAACAGCCCCUUAAUAUGUCAACAGGGUGAAAGGAGGUACAACUAAUGCUUUGGACAAUGGGGCUCACACGGCUCGGACCCUGGUCCAGAGCGGGGAGGUCAGGACUGGGCCCUUCCCCGCACUGAGGUCUGUUUCCUGUUGGGAGGAAUGGUGGAGGACGGGACAGAGGCGGCGGCUUCUUACCACAUUGCCACGCUCGGUGGCAGCUUCGAGCAGGGAGGAGGCCCGGCUGUGGCCUGGGCAUGGGCAUGGGCCUGGGCUCGGCUCCACGGCCUGCAGCCUUCACGGGGGGAGGGGGGGCUCCCAAAGGGCAGGCAGAGGCCGAGACGCGUGGUAUUUUGUUCUUUUUUAAAAAAAUGUAUUACUGAUUUUUACAGAGAGGAAGGGAGAGGGAUAGAGAGUCAGAAACAUCGAUGAGAGAGAAACAUCCAUCAGCUGCCUCCUGCACAUCUCCUACUGGAGGUGUGCCUGCAACCCAGGUACAUGCCCUUGACCGGAAUCGAACCUGGGCCCUUUCAGUCUGCAGGCCGACGCUCUAUCCACUGAGCCAAACCGGUUUCAGCUGGGCGUGGUGUUUCUUAUAAAGCCGUAGCUUCUUGUUCUGGUCACUCCUGCAGCGGCCAGGUGUGCAGGCCCCGGGGGUUCCGUUGGCGAGUCUUCAGGAGGUGACUAUGUUUGAGGCCUCAGAUUGGUGGUUAAUCCUGUGUGAGUACAUGCCCUUCAACCCGUGGGCACGGCUUCUGUGUGCGCUUCAGAGACGUAGGCUCGGCCUGGGUGCUGGCCCCACUGCCCGAGGGCCCCUGGUCUGGGGACACGAGGAGCCGGCGUGCCUCGCCUUGGCAGCACCCUUCCUGUGCUCACGUCUUCAUGUUGCCUUUUUAUAUCUUUAUAAAGUGACAGCAAGUUGCAGGCCCUUGGAAAUUAGGUAUUGACAGCACUUCUGUCUUAAGAUUCUGCAAUUUUACAGUAUUUGCCCCUCUCUGUUCCAGCCAUUUCCACCUCCCACCGAGAUCUACAGGGAGCAUAUAUAGGGUGGGGCAAAAGUAGGCUUACAGUUGUUCAUAUGGAAAAAUCAUGCAAUAAUUAAUAAACGAUGAUAUAAGGAUAAACUGUUUUGCAUACUCAUAACUGUAAACCUACUCCCCCCCCCCCCCGGCCCCCCUAUAAUGCAGUGGAGGAAUGGCUGUUUCAGAACAGGGUUUUUGCCUAGAACUCUCAGAAAGGUCGAACAGGUCGGAGUCCACUGCGCUAUUUUACGCAGUUUCGAAGGUGGAGGAGGAGGCUGUGCUCCGAGUGCCUGCACCUGGCUGCCGUGUUGGUGUCUUAAGUAUUUACUCUCUGCGCUUGCAAACCCGGGACCGGGCCUUGCUCACAGGCCGGUGAGGGCUCCUGCAGGGAGGGCGUGUGGAUUCCUUGUCCGGGACGUUCGGGUGUUCCCAGCAGACACGGGAUGGAGAUGGUUUCUGCGGCCUUCCCCUGAAGUCCCGUUUUGGGCAAGGUGCGUGAGUUGACCUUUAAGAUACUGCUUGGCCUCUCGAAGGGAGAAUGCUUCUAAGGGGGCUGGAGAAGCCAUCCCUGAGGGGCGACGGAUGCGCGUCAGGGCCACCAGACACGUCCUGCCCACUGCCCUCGGGCACACUCUGUGGAGGCAGUCGGGCGAGGGGGAUGAAACCCUGUAGAGACCACCACGGUGUAAGCCACCCGAGGGUGGGCAGCCUGCUCACGCCCCUGCUGGGGUCCGGGGGCGCCUAGGAACGGGGAUCGCUACCUGCACACACCAGACUAAUCCCAGCAGAGAACUGGUGCCCACUGGGCGCUUCCGGGGCAUCUUAGUGGGUGGGGGGAACCAAGAAACAAAACACCGGAGCGCUUUUGAGGGAAACUCCCAAGUUCAUGACCUUGACCAUAAGGCUUCUGUUGACUGUUUUCUGGGUUCAUCCACCUGGAAAGAUCUUCCCUUCGCUUUGGAACUCAAUGGGACCUCAGGCCCAACAGCCAGUUGAGUCUGAGGCCAGAGGCCCCGUGGCCACAAUCAGCAGGUUAAACACUUCCUUCUAGUGAAAACGACCACUCCCUCCACCCUCGGACAGCACUCGGUAUUUGUGCCAGAGCAAGCACUUUUGUUAUUUAUGAUUAUUCCUUUUACAUCUUUUGGUGACGGUGUGUGUGUUGGGGGGGGGGGGCGGUAAGAAUGGUUUCUAUUUGCCCCCCCUCGUCCUCCCUUUCUCUAAGGAAAUGGCCAGGUGAGCCAUUGGAGUGGUUUCUCCUGCCUGGCAGGGUGACUACCUUGGGGAGCCUGCAUGCACGUGUGUGUGGAGCCUGUGGUGGUCGGUGAGGCUCUGGGUGAGGCUGGCCGCACUGAUUCAGGCUGCUGGGGGCAAAGGACUUGCCACCUGGAGCUGGGAGGCCAGGACCUGGGGUUUUAAACGCCCGCUGUUGGCAUUAUUAUGUCCAGAUCCCAGACUCGCUUCCCUGAAGCGCACCCCUUUUUUGUCGCCGUCAUCGUAAAUGCCACCAUCUGCUUUCCUGUCCACCAGCUUUUCUGCUGAAAACGUAGGUGAUUCUGACAACUUUGGGAUGUACUUUGCGUUCUGUGCUCAUUGGAAAUGACAUGAUAAUGCCUGUUUUUCUUCCGCCAGACUUUUGUUUUCAUACUUUUUUUUUAAAACUGGGGUGGGGAUGGCAGUGCCCGCACGCCUUUCCUGGGACAGCAUUUUAAACCUUUGCCAAAAUUUCAAACGGGACCUAUGCAUUCUCCCAGUCCACCCUGCAUGAGGCAAACACCCACCAGCUAUUUUUAAUCUCUGUGUGUGUGUGUUUGAAAUGUGUGUGUGUCGGGGGAUGUAUGAUGUUAUCUCCAGGUUUUUGAAGAGAGAUUUGGUUUGGGUCAGCAUCCCAUCAUGCCCAGCUUUGUAGUCAUUAAAAGAAACAAUCACAGUGAGCUCUGUAAAUACAACAGACUUGAUUUCGCUCCCCUUUCAGUGUAAAGCUUUCGGUCAUUUCUGUAUACUUGUGAGGAGCCGGUUCCUUUGAUUGUGUCCGUUUCAUCCUGGAAGGAUGCUCGCUGUGCUUUUGGGAGGGACGGAAAGCACAGCACAGAGCGAGCGGUGCUCCUAGGACCGCGAUCCGUAGCACCUGAGGCCACAGCAGCAUCACCUGGGAAACGGCAUCUCCGCCCCAGCGCGGGGGAGGUGCGAGGUGCGGUCUGUUCCUGUCGCCAGACGGUGUCGCUGAAUGUUGUGUUUGCUGGGGAAGGGGGGCGUGCGGUGUUUGCAGGAAGAAGAACUCGUGGCUCAUUUCUGACUUCCUUGCGCAGGGGCUGGCGGUAACCGCAUGGAGGGUCCCCCGAGGGCCUCAUCAGUGCUCUGUAAUCCUCCCUGCGGUGCUCACGGCCGCGGUUUUGAUGAGAGGGAGCGGGUGCAGUGCGCUUUAAUUUGGCAGGGACUCCCAGAUGCUUUAAAUUCUCGAUCCUGUGAUGACACACGUGUGAUCCCGCGUGUUACUGAGCGGUCCUGCUUUCAUUGUCUGCCGGCGUGGCCUGCUGCUGUUGCCCAAUAAAGCUUGUGCACUUA